GCGUGACGCGUCACGUGAUCAUUCGGGAAGGGAAGCUAGGAAAAUGAGUGCAGACGUCCAGUCACACACUAAAACGACCUAAACAUCGACAUUUGCUUACAAUGACGCUUUAGUUCUCAUUAAUUCUUCUCUUUAUUGCUUUCUCCGUUUUUAUAACACAGCUUUUAAAGUUUUACCUGGUAACCGGAACUGAAUUUGAUGGUUUUAUGUCAAGCAAACAGCUCGCGCUCUGAAGCUGGAGGAUAACAAAGACUGUAUUUGCCAGAAUGGAUCUACAUGUCAUGCUGUUUUGAUUGAUGGUUCGAAACAAGCCGUGGAUGAAGGGUUCACAGACCAGCUUUGAAAGAACGGUCCUCUAUGAAGCUCAACGAGAGAAGUGUGGCACAUUAUGCCACGUGCAAUUCCCCUCCAGACAAAACAGGCUUCCUCUAUAAAAAAGGGGAACGGAACACUGCUUACCACCGACGCUGGUUUGUCCUUAAGGGCAACAUGCUCUUCUACUUCGACGAGAAGGAAAGCCGAGAGCCUAUCGGGGUCAUCGUCCUGGAAGGCUGUACGGUGGAGCUCUGCGAGUCCGAAUCGGAAGAGUUCGCCUUCGCCAUUAAAUUCGAGUGCACCAAGGCGAAGGUGUACAAGAUGUCCGCAGAAAACCAGGCCGCUAUGGAGUCGUGGGUCAAGGCUCUGUCGCGGGCUAGUUUUGACUACAUGCGCCUGGUGGUGAAAGAGUUGGAGAGGCAGCUGGAAGAGGUACAAGAAGAAGCGAGAUCUUUGCAGGCGAAGAACAAGCUAAAGAAACAAGGAGCCGCGACAGGCCUCCGAACGGCUGCUCCAGCCAUACAAAAUGCUUUCGUCGUGGGGUCAGAAGAAGAGGGGCAUUUUCUUUCAGGGAGUUCCACUAGAGAGAACGGGGUGACUUGGAAUAAGCCCACAAGCAUGGCUAAUGGGAUCAGCAAGGGUUGCGCCUGGGAGGAAGACAACAACGGGAAGGGUGAUGGACUGAGACCACCUCCGGUACCUCCAAGGAGAAAAACCAAUGGCGGGUUACUGGAGAGCCCUGUUUCACCCGACACAGAGUGCUUCUCCAAACUGCAUGACUGGUACGGUAAAGAGGUGGCUGAACUUAGGAUUGAGUGGCUUCAGAGCCAAAAAACCUCUGCCUUAAAUGCCUUAAAUGCUUGAUUGACUGGAGGGAAACAUCUGUGAGAGGUUCCCAAAAUAUCUAUCUGCACAGAUGAGGGUGCGUUUACAGUGUUUGGUGCAAUUUUCAGUUUUAGCAAAUGAGAGUAGAUGCACAGAUACAGGCCAAAUGUAUAUAAAAACUGUGAUAUAUGAGAUGAAUCAGAAUGUUAGUCACUUGUUUCUUGUAAUAGGUGGACAUAGUUUUCUUAGACAUUUUAAUCAAGACCAAAAAAAAUCAGUUCAUCUAUAAUUUUUUUUACUGAAUGCCUAAAAUACAAUAAAAAAUGUACUUAUACUAUACUAUAAUCCAGGACUUCUAUAAGCCAUUUAAUUACUUUGACUGCACAAAAACAAACAUUUAUUUGAGCUUGACUUGACACUAUUAUAAAAAGAGAAGUCUGGAUAUAUUUCUCCUUUUUUGUUCUACAGAAAAAAUGACAUGAGGCAGAAAAACAAAUGUUCAUUUAAGUGUUCCUAUAAAACAUGACACUUAGCUUCAUAUUGGAAUUUAAAGGGACGUUCCACUUUUUUAAAAUAUGCUCAUUUUCCAGCUCCAGGAGAUCGGCUUAAUGGAUUCCAAAACGAUAAAAAUCAAAUGUUUAACUCUAGGAGAACUGGAAAAUAAGCAUCCCUUUAAGACACAAAUCUUGUGAUGUAUUUGUCUUCUCCUUCUUAUCUGUGUUUUAUAAAUUUUUUUAAUAACAUUGGGGGCUUUCUUUUUUGUAACAGCGGUACGACAUCCAUGCUUUCGUUUUUUAAAAACUAAAUAAAUGUUAAACAUGAAGGUGCCAAAGCGGGUCUAUGGCAAAUGUAAACAUUUUUAAUUACGAAAUGCAAUUUUGAGUAAAAGCACAAAAAGUUGUACUGUAUAAUGUGCAUUGCAAUAAGAAUUUUUUUUUUUUUUUGAAAGCCAUUGUCAAUCAAACUUGCCAAUUCAUAUAUGUUGAAAAACAAGUAUUUUAACCUUAAAGUAAUAAUAUUUCAGACAAUGGAUCUUAUUAGCCAGCUAACACAUUUUUUGUAUAAGUCACAUUUGCUUAAAAGUAUCUUAAUGCAGGGGUUUUCAAACUGGGGUCCGGGGACUCACGGGUCCCCCAGAAGGCUUUAGGGGCUCCCCAGGAAUUUCAUGGGAAAAGGACGAAGCAAAAAUUGUUUAAAUGUUUUUAUACAAAAUAUGGAUAUAUGAGGAUAUAUUUAAGAAAAGGUGUCUCUCGCUAAAGGUUGAUCAUAUGUGGGGGUCCCUUCAGUAAAAUUUGAAAACCCCUGCCUUAAUGUUUCAAUAAGCAUGUAUAUGCUUUAACUUUGCUUUAUGAUACUGACCAAGUUUAGAUAUUAUUCUGUGACCAACACAUACACUAAUACAUUAUAAAUCAUAUAGGCAGCUUUCUUGUUUAUUUAUGGCUUUUGUAAAUGUUUUUGUAUGCUGUUUUAAUGGUACAAAUUAACAUGUAUUGUGUGCAAUCCUGCAGUCUUAAUUUGGGAGACAAUAAAUGGUUCAUUAGCUGUGCCUUUAUAUUAUAUAAAACACUGUGUUUGACUAAACAGUAGCUAAUAAAGUUCACUCUGUUGUAAUUAAUGGCUGAUUAUAUUGUGACAACACCCAACUCUGAAUAUUUGGCCAAAUUAGGAAUUGGAAUUGCAAUGGAAAUUAUGUAUCAUUUUUAUUUAAAGGAAUCAAUGAAAGUGUAAUGUUUUCAAACCAGUCCAAUAAAAAAAUAUAUCAUGUGUAAACUUGA